AUGUUUGCUAACCAUAGACGAUUUUUUGAAACUCGUUUGCUCUACACCCUCAUCGCGGGUCUAGUCUUGGGCUACUGUUUGACUCAGCUGCUCAAUAAUAGAAACAUUCCUGUGGGAAACCAUCAUCGGCAUUACCAACUAGAGAGACUCUCCCUAGCAGAGCAACUGAAGAAGGAGGUGCGUGUACUCUGCUGGAUUAUGACAAAUCCUAAAAAUCACAAGGAGAAGGCUCGCCAUGUCAAACGAACCUGGGGCAAACGCUGUAAUAUUCUCCUAUUCAUGAGCUCCGGAGAGGAUGAUGAGCUCCCCACUGUGAAGUUAGACGUUGAAGAAGGUCGAACGAAUCUUUGGCGCAAAGUGAAGGAGGCAUUUAAAUAUGUGUACAAGCAUCAUUUCAACGACGCGGAUUGGUUCUACAAGGCAGAUGAUGAUACCUAUGCGGUUGUCGAGAAUUUGCGCUAUAUGCUAUAUCCCUAUAGCCCCGACGCGCCCAUAUAUUUCGGCUUCAAGUUCAAACCCUUUGUGAAGCAGGGUUACAUGUCGGGAGGAGCAGGUUAUGUGCUCAGCCGGGAGGCACUACGACGAUUUGUUGUUGACGGCAUACCCGAUCCCAAGAUGUGUCUACAGGGCACCGUUGAGAACGAGGAUAUUGAAAUAGGGAGAUGCAUGGAGAAUCUAAAUGUAACCGCUGGCGAUUCUCGUGAUGACCAUGGACGCGGCCGCAUGUAUCCAUUUGCGCCCAGAGAUCAUUUAACUGCCAAAGUUGAUACGGACUUCUGGUACUGGAAAUACAUAUUCUACAAUACGACAGAUGGUUCCAAUUGUCUGGCAGAUACGGCUGUAUCUUUUCACUACAUUUCGCCCAAGGAAAUGUAUGUACUGGACUUUUUGAUUUAUCAUCUGAGACCUUUUGGCAUUAUCAACGAACAACUGCCGUUGCCUAAAAAACUGGCUGUAGGGGAAUUUUUGCCCGAGCGAAAUACAACGGGACUUCAAAUAGCACAUUGAAGUAUCUUACAUAUCAUAUUAUUCAAUAUACUAUAGCCACGAAGAUGGUAUUAUAAUUUUGACAUGAAAUAUGUAACGCAUAGAAGCAACCAACUCGCAAAUUUCCAUACGUCCGUCUAAUUGUUGUAGGUAGUGCAUAUGUCGGAUCCUGUCGGAUCGGGCCACUAUCAUACAGCUGCCAUAGGAACGACCGAUCGAUUUAAUUCAAUAAUCUGCAUAUGGUAUUGGUGGAAGAAGGUCCAGGGUAUCCCCUUGUCGGGUACUCCCGAGCCCUCUUACCAUUAAUUUAAUUUGCUUAUCUGUUGUUUUUAAACUUCUGAUAUAGACUUACCAAACGCAACUCUUUUCCAUUGUCAAUUGUUUAAACAUUGUGUGUGUGAGAAAGAGAGACCGAGAGACAGAGUGAGAGCGAGUUGCGUGUGGUAGGUCUCAUAGACUUUAUGAUACGUUGGCUUAUCAUCUUUUUAGCCUAGUCGUAAAAGUGAUGUGUGUCUGCUCGGUUCACAUAAAUAAGAAAAUGUAAUAUUAGCUUCUAUGAGGUCCUUAAUUCUUAUAUUUAUUACAAUCGAAUAAAAUAAAAUAUCUAGUUUAGAAAAUUCAACAUUCCCACAAAAAUAUAUCUUAAAGUCAAAUGCCUCUUAAGCUAAUGGUGGAAUUUAGAUCAUUGGUCUUUCUAUUGACUCAAGUGUCUGAUAUGAGAGAAUAUUUGUAUAUUUUAUUGUUGGGAAUACUUUUCAUACAGACCUGCACAGUUAAAGUUAAAACAUCAAAAUGCGGACACAUUCACUGCGGAAAGCACAAAACAAGUUCUUUACACUUUUCGUGGGUUUAUUUGUGACCAUUUUCUUGGUAAAACUCUACUCAACGCCGUUUCGAAUUGAUUCCUUUGAUACCUAUACCAGAGAGCAAUUACAAGCUACUGACAAGGAUACUAAAAAUGAACUAAUUCUCCAACAAAAUGGAACACAUGCGAACUCCCAAGAGAAGAACUUAAAACUCAAGGAAAAACAGCAACAAAGCAUCUGAAUAUUAUGUUAUCUCUUAGAAAAUUUUUUAUCUCUUUGAAAAUAUGUUUAAAGUCCAUCGAAUAAGAAACCAAAGUUUAGAAUUACCGGCU